AUGAGUUUGCAUGCAUUGGAGAACUUGAAUAUUUCUAGAAAUAAUCUAUGUGGAACAAUCCCUAGGACUAUUGGGGAUUUGAGCAAAAUUGAAUCACUUGAUUUAUCUAGAAAUGAGCUCUCUGGUCCCAUUCCACCAAGCUUGUCAUCUUUGAAUUUUUUGAGCCACUUGAACUUAUCAUUCAACAAUUUAUAUGGAAUGAUACCAACAGGAAGGCAACUUCAAACACUCAAUGAUCCAUCCAUUUACAUGGGCAAUGCGGGGCUUUGUGGUGCCCCACUUCCAAAGGAUUGUCCAGGUGAUGUACCAUCUUUUGCUAAUCAAUCUACAAAAACCAGUAGUGAUGAUGACCAUGAAUUUUUCAUGUGGUUCUAUGCUGGUUUGGGGCCUGGUUUCUUUGUUGGAUUCAUUGGAGUAUUAAGCACUCUACUGUUUGCAAGAUCUUGGAGCUAUGCUUACUUCAAAUUUUUAGAGAUGGCUUACAACAAAAUACUCUAUUAUAUUCAUUAA